UAUGCCGCAAUUUCAACCAGUGUGCUCAAUUUUCUUUUUUUCCCAUAAUCCAAAUCCUACUAAUUAAUUAAAAUCGGGUGAAUUGGAUGAGCACCACAGUUCCAAAAAAAAAAAAAACUACUAAUUAAACAAGUAUGUAAUUGUAAGUUUGUAACUACUAUCCGUAUGAUGACUAACAAAAUUCCAAGAUGCAGAAUUUGGGAAAUCAUGUAUUUUGUUCCUUACUAAAAUGUGAAGAAUAUAUAAUUGACCUCACAACAGAUGUGACGUCGUAUGUAUUUUGUUUCAGUUUCUUAGUAAGAUUUUGGGUGCGUCACAUGAUCCUUUUGGAGUUUCAUGGUGUAGCUUGUAAUUAUCCUACCUACUCGUCAAUGUAGUCAAAAUCAUAUUUCCAUGUAGAAGCGUUUUUGUGACCAAAUCCAAUCGCCAGUUGUCAUUGAUGAUCAAUUCAUCAUUGUAUCAGCCAAGCCAUCAAAUGCCAGCAGCAUGCAGAGUUUCGUAAACAACAAGUCAAUUGAGAAUACUGACUGCAUGCGUUUUGUCAGGGGAAACCCACUAUUGAGUAUUUUUUGGUAGGGGUGAAACUGGGACCAAAUCCAAAUUAUCCAACCAUGACCUAAUAAACUACUCUAAAACAUCCGGUUCGCAGGGGGUCAAACUACAAAUCUGGUCCGGUUCGAUCUUAUUUCUCCUCGACUCUAACUGGCUCGCUUAGGUCGCGGGCUGGGUCGAGUUUGUGGGUCGCGCCUAAGUCAACAAACUGAUAUAUGGACAAUUAUAUUUUGGUAUCCAAAUUUAUUUAUUUUUUCAUACAAUUCAGUACCUAAACUUUGAUUCCUACGAAUAGGUCCGGAAAUGUUGUUGGCAGAAUUACAAUUUAGUGCCUUAAUGUAUUUUUUUUUAUUUCAUUAUAGAACCAAACUUUUGGAAACUCAACAAACAGGUCCAAUAUUUUUGGUAUGAGGAAAUUCUGAAAUUACUAGCUGUUAUGGGUCGUAGGACCAAAAGUAGUCACCCUACUCUAAGUUAAUUAACACGACUCUAACCCACCCCUUAUCGGAGCAAAAAAGACAAUCGAACCCUAAACUAACCCUAUAAACAAACUGUCGAUCGGCCUGAACCACGUUAAUGGAUUAUGGGUAUCUAGGACCAGGCUUACACAAACCUGGCCACAGGAAAAUGUUUAGGUACCAAAUUAGACAACAUUAAGAAUCUUAAAAUCAGGAGUAUUUAUUGAAUUGGCACCAGCCAGUAGGGGUGUCAGUUCGGGUCGGGUUCGGUUACCCGAAUCGAAACCUGAAAGAAUCGAAAACCGAAAACUGAAAAUUACUGAAACCGAACCCGAACCCGAUAAGGACUUGCGGUUCCGGGUACCCGAAACCCGAAAAUUCCUUAUCGGGUUCGGGUUUGGUUAAAGCAAAACCGAAACCCAAAAACUCAAAUGCCUGAGAAUACGGGCUGAGUUCUAUUCAUUGGAGGUUUUUAGCCGAAACCCGAAAAACCAAUAAGAAAAACCGAACCCGAAACGAAUCCAACCCAAAAAAACCGAAAAUAUAUAUAAUCGGGUCAAUUUCGGGUAAACCCGAAAUACCGAACCCGAAUGGACAACCCUACCAGCCAGUUUAUAUGUCCCCACGUUAGCAACCCCUCCAUGCCAUGUGAUGACAAGAGGAAGAACCGAAGAAGAAUAGGUAAAAAGGCAAAUGGAAAUGGAGAAAGUGGGAGAGAAGAAAGGGAAAUAAGGAAUUCACAGACCGACCAAAAGAUUAUUAUUUUGGCUGUUCAGUUGGGGCUCCCAAACCCAAGAAAACUAACCCCACCGGCCGGCCGGCCACCACCACCAUCCACCUUUGCCGUAUUAUCAAUAUUCCCCACACACGCUUCAGACACUUCUUCCACACUCAGCUCAGGACUCAGCUCAGGAGGACCAUAUGUGUCAAAAUAGCAAGAUUCCAAAUAUGCUAACACAUGGGAGAUGAGAUUUACCUAGUUUUUUAAGCGAUAAUUGUCGAAACUAGUUCACAGCAUAAUAAUAUAAUGUAUUCUUUUUUUUUCUUCUUCUUCCUUCUGAAUCCCUGAAUUUGAAGACGAUGAAACGGAUAUCAAUUUGUUUGCAAGAAACCGAUGUCUAGCAAAAGCUACAACUUUCGCGAGCAAGUCUGUCUGCCAUUUGUUCUUCUGAGGUAACGUACGAGAACUCCAUCAAUCCUUCAGCUACCAGUUGGCUGAUUACAUGGAUGUGGAUUUCUAUAUGUAGAGGUUCGAUCGUGGAGUAUUGGAUUUGUUGUUCAUUCGAAUCGUGCUUGUAUGGCUAGCAUACAUGCGAAUAGAAAGCCUUCAAUAAUCACGCCAAAUUCAGCCAAAAAAACAUUGGGGUCGGACUUAUAACUCAGAUGACACCUAACUGGUCGAAUGAUACCUUGCCUUUACUGAUGAUUUAUAUACACGAUCUUGCUGCUUACACCGUCCGAGAAAUAAAUGAUCUUCCCACCUUUGCCCAUCAUCUGGAGUUCCAAACAUAGAUCAUCGCGUGUCUAAAUAGGUUGUAAGUUAGUUAAAACAGUCUUGUCGUUUUUAUACGUGAUCUCAUUUUUGGAAUUAAUGCGAAUGAUAAUUAUUGUAAAUCUUUUAUCGUGUUAAUUCAAUAAUUAAUAAAAAAGACGAUUCAACGAUAUUAGUGAUAUGCUCACUUUCCACACCCGCAACAAUGACUUUCAUGGUCUCCUCUCCAUAGACCAUAUAUAUACCAUUUCUUAAUUAGGAUAUUAUUUAUGAUAAUCAACGGAAUAGGUUAAUUGAGGCCAAUUAGACUGGUUUGUAUUUCAAUGGAGUCGUUUGCAAUUAACUAAUUAUAUAUAAUGUUGGUCAACUUAGUUAAUUAUGAUUUACACUUCAGAUGGCUAGGUAAAUACUUAAAUUAUAACUUGAAAUAUUGGGUCUCGCGUUAUAAGUCUUUGCACCGACGAGACGCUCUAGUGUAUACAACAACACAAUGACCUAAUGUGCAUGAGACUAGCUAGAGACGUAUAGUUUAGUACGUAGACGAGACCAAAUUCCUUUUUAUCUAUUAUUAGAGUGGUAAAAAUAUGAAUUUAUCUUCAAGAUUUGAUUUUCGAAAUCUCACAAUUUAAUUUUAGUUUUCCAAAUCUAUCUCUAAUCGUCUUAAAAUGGAACCAACAACUAUUCUUCCCUAUAUUUUUUGCUCUUUCUUCUUCAAGACGAUAUGCACAUAUACGUGUUAAUAUCGUUCAUUUAUUUCUUAGGAAAGGGACACAUAAAGGCAUUAUUGUUAAUUGCCUUAAGUAAUUGCUUUCUUGUUUCUUCUCAAUGAAGAAACAGCAUCAGCAAAACCAAAACAACAUGAGAACAGAAUGAAACUAAAAUUUAUGUUAAUCAUGAUUCACACCGGCUCAGAUCUUGAAGUUGAAGGUUUGAGUAGGUAAUAAUUAUUAUCAUUGUCUACUAAUUAUUUGAUAAGUGACUCACCCACCUCAUUAAUAAAUAAAUAAAUAAAAUUUCAUGAAGGACCUAAAGGCGAAAAGAUAUAUACACUUUGAGGAGGAAAUUGGGUUUGGGCAUUAUUAACCUCCCACUUAAUACAGUUUUGUUGUUGUGGUUGUGGUUGUAAUAGAGUUUCGAUAGUAGAGAUACAACCACAAUAUAAUAAAAAUAGAAAAUAGAAACUUAUUUAGUUUUAGUUGGUAAUUGUUAGAAAUCAUGAAAGUUUAAAAACCACAACAUUAAUGCGUUUAUUUACUUUUUUAGGCCCCAUUCAACAUGAUUGUUGAGAUUAAGAUAAAAUGUAGAAAAAUAAUGUGACAUCACUGACAUGAAUGUCAAGUUAUGAGAAAAUUGAAGAAGAAGGAGAUAUCAAAAUAAUAUUUACAAUAAGGUUUCGAAGAUGAGUAAUGCAAAAAUGGAAAGACAAAAUACAUGUAGAAAGUGAAUUCAGUGAGCCAACAACGAAGCCACUAAAAGUGGUUUUAAUGAUUUCGAUUAAUUUCUGAUGUGUUGCCACAACAACGUAUGAAAACAAAACUAAACAUGUUUUUUCGUCUUUAUUUUCACCUACGAAUACAGGAGACAAAAACUGCAAAUAAUACUAAACAAUGUUUAAGGUUAUGGGUACAGUAACAAUCUGUUGAAUGAUCAAAACACCAAUUCACUAUAGCGAAUAAUGACUUGAUCUAGUAUUACUAAAGUCAAUUUUCAACGUCUAGAUCAUAGAGUAAGAUUCUCGUCCUCCUCGUCCACAAAAACCCACCUUCAGGUAGCAUGUCAAACACAUCCGUGAACCACAUAGAUUGGAAACCUAAGUAAAACUAAAACCAACUUACAAAUCAUUUCAAUUCGUUUUGUUUCCUUCAACCCAAUAAUGUGUGAUGAAUAUGGGACAUGGAGAAUUACCACAAUUGAUGGUUCAUGGAAAUGGAAGCAAAGACAGGCUUUCCAUGGAUCCAAUCAGAACUCGACAUGGUACAACUGACAAAUAGAAUUGCAUUUGCUUCCCUUCAAGUAGAAACCAACCGGAUCCCAAAUCAUUCAUAUCCAAAAAGAAAGAAAAAAUAAACCAUCCAAAUCAGUCCAUUAGCUGGUUUUGAGUAGCACAAAAGGAACUUCCAUCUUGAAAAGUAAACGUACGUGUAUUGAUUUUGGGGUUUUUUCAUUUUCUCAUGCAUCCCCUUCUUUUGCUUCUUCCUUUGCCUACUUCCCUUUUUCUUAACACUGGCUUUCUGCUUUAUUCAUAAAAUUACAAAUUCAGUUUGUAGUAUAAACAAAUUUCUACUUUACAUUAUGUUAUAAGUUCAAUUGUAUCAUAACAUAAAAAUAUAGAUUCAGUUUGUAUUUUAAAUAUAUUUGUACUUUUAUGUUGUACAAAUUCAAUUUGUACCUUAACAUAAAAUACAAACUGAAUUUAUACCAUACUGAUAAAAAGUAUAAGUUCAUUUUCUACUCUAAAGAAAAUUAUUUUAAACCAAAACAGCAAUAUUAUAAAUCGUCUAAAGUCUUAGGAAUGUUAUCCAUGGAUAUGCUCAAUGAACAAAAUUAAUUAUCAGCUCAUCAAGAAUAUGUCUCAUUCAGGGCCACGCAUUGCAUGCCUCAAGUGUCAAGCAUAUAUAAUGCAAUCUUGUAAAUGGUAUACUUCCUAUCUUUCGGUCGGAUCGGUAAUACUGGGUACUGUAACCAAAUCGAUUGGCAAUUUCAGCGGUGAGAAACAAUUGAAUCAUGAUAUUAGUACAAAGUAAUCUAACACUUAAUUUUCCGAUAUAACCUUCAAUACGGUUUCACGAUCCUUACUGCUAAGUGAAACCUUAACGUAAGUUAUGGAUACACGAUUGGAAUAUAUUUUUCUAAAAGAACAGUAAAGGAAAUUUCGAAGUUAGAUUAGAUCACGGCGAAUCAAAUUAAUUUCAACUGGGCUGUAAGCGAACUAACCACUUGGCCCCAAUAAUUCGAGUUGUUGGGAAAAGGGAAUAGUUAAGCCUUUUAAUCUCUUACACGCCCCCCGCAAACGAAAGCCUGCCUUUUUUGGGGGGUUUUCUUAUAUACGGUUUGCACAGGUUGAACGUAUCAUUCUAGGGAUGGCAAUGGGUCGGGCGGGGACGGAUAGUGCAUAUCCGUUACCCUACCCAAAGUAGUUCGGAUUUUACUCAUACCCAUACCCACAUAUGAAACGGGUAGAAAAUUAAAUCCAUGCCCAUACCCGUUCGGGUUUCGGGUAUCCACGGUUAUCCAUGGGUAAUGAUUUCUUUUCAUAACUCCAACUAAUAUAUUAACAUUCACACGUAUUCUCACAUUACGCAAGAGGAAAAGUAUGACAAUAAUUCACUAGAAUGAAGAAAAUUAAUUAAAACAACACAAUUUCAUGAAAAUAUUAUAUUUAUAUGGUAAAUAAAAAAUAUGUUAGAGAAAAAUAAUGACUAUUUAUAGACAAAAUACAUAUGUAUGUGUAUAAUCGGGCGGGUUCAGGUUGGAUACGUACUGAGAAACCCAUGCCCACCCAUUACCCGCAAUAUUCGGGUUCGGGUUUUACCCGUACCCACUAAAUGUCCUUCGCGUUCGGGUUUUACCCUACCCGAUUAGGCCGGGUUCGGGCGGAUAUCCACGGUUAUGGAUAAAUUGGGUGUCGUUAGGAGGAUUCAAAACCAUGACCUUUCGGUUAUACUCUGAUACCAUUUAACGAACUAACCAUUUGGCCCCAAUAACUCGAGUUGUUGAGGAAAAGAAGGGCAACAAACAGCUAGCUGGCUAGUCCAUUACAAUUUACACAGAUUUUUCCCCCCUCUGUAUUGAAAAGUAGAUUCUUGAAGAAACGAGAUAUUAAGGCCAAGAACAGCGACAGUCAUGACUUUGGAUCGCAAGUGCAAAAGGAGAAAAAGGGGAAGUGUCGGUGGCUACUGGCUAGCCACAAGUAUGCAACUUGACGACCAAAAGUUGGGAGUAAGACUGGUACGACAGUUUUUUUUACUCGACAAUAAUGCCAAUUCAUUAUGUAUAUGAAAUGUGAGUUCAUUUCUUAUUUAGUAUACAGUCGAAGUGACACCACAAGUAGACCGACAAAAUCUCCAAGCUAAGUCUUCGAUCUCCAUACUUCCAGUGCCCAUUGUUAGGGACAGAAAAAAGAGACAAGAUUUGAGGGUGAUCGCGAGUCGCUCUUCUUAGUGUGUUUAUUUGUCCGCACGGCAUACAAUCGUUAGGAGAAAUUACGAAGCAGCGACUUAUUGAUUUAUAUAUGUUUUUGAUUUCAAGGAAAGUGGAGGAAGAUGAAUUGUUGGAGACUUUUGACGGCAAUAAGGUUUAUACAUGAAAAGUGAUUAUCCCAAAAAAUCAUUUUGUUAAUAUUACUGGCCAAAAAAGAUAAAACUCGACUUGACCCGACUCAGCUAUUUUUUUAAAAAAAUCAUUAGAUUAACUAAAUACCAAUAUCUGAUGAUGGUGAAUGUGAAUGUGAAUGUGAAUGUGUAGUUAUCAUGCUAAUUACCAUGGAUGGUAAGGAAAAUUUGAAGGACGCCAAACUCAGCAAUCGUUACUUCUUCUAAGUUUAUCAAUUUUAAUGUGUUAAGCAUUUUCCCAUUAUGUUAUUUGAACUUGCUACCGUCGAAAUAGAAGAUAAUGAGUUUGUUGACGUUAAAAUAUCCAUUGUAGUUGGGAGUUCAUAAUCCAUUUCAGAAGUCAAAAGUUUUCGCUUCCACGAAACCAAUUGAGAUUUAUGUGAGUUUGUUUUUACUAUUCAUUCGAAAUAAAUGAAUGUUUUAGAUGAGUGGUACGUACAAUUUGAAGUUGUAUUAUAAUAUUAAUAAUACAAAUUGAAAUUGUAUCAUAAGGAAAUUAAUCUCCAAGUAAAGCCAUUAGGUUGAGGGAUUUUUCGUGAUUUUUUUACUCGCGGUAAUAAAAUUGGUUGAUAUCAUCUAAGAAAAUGUUUAGUUAUUCCUUGUAAAAAAAAAUGUUUUGUUAUUACUAAAUCAUGUGAAUCUGUUGUCUUAUUGCUUUGUUUUUUAAUUAUUUUUUUUAUAUGGUACAUAUUUUUCAAAGAGAAAACGAAAUACCAACAUCGACAAUUAUGAAUUAGUUGCCAUAAUAAUAUAUGUAAUCUAUUAGUUGUAUAGUUAGUUAGAGUUGAACUUGGACACGUUGAGAAAUUAUUUAAUUAAGUGGAGCGAAUCAAAGCAAGACUCAAGUUGGUAGUCCAUACAUCGCGAUCGAUCUCUCUCCCACAACAGCGACAGCGUACCAAGCAAUCUGAACAAGUAUAUAUGUACACAUAAAUAUCAAGAGGAGAUUAAAAGAAAAAGGAUCCUAUCGUAAUGGUACAAAUAAUUAAUGAAGGAAUAUCGUAGAAAAUAUUGUAUUUUUAAGCAUCGUUACAAGAACCGAAUCGAAUUCCCGGCUACACCAGUAAAAUUAUCGAACCAGUUACAACAGUGAUUCCUUCGUCUGCUUGGACGGUUAGAGACGAAUCUAAUGGUUUUUUAAUGGUUCGACAUGAAGCCAGAUGAACUACCCUGAUUUCACCGGUCCACUGCUUCGUUAUUUUGACCACGCAAAUAUUGAGAAAUAAAAUCUAAGCGUACGUAAACUAAGACCAUCCAACCUGAAUUGAUGAUAUCGUUUAUGCUUCCUUUUUAUUUUUUUCCCUGUCUCCUUGUUGGGUUUAUAUAUGGUCCACUACGAUUUUUUUUACCGUAAUUACUAAUCUUGAAUUUAUUUAUAAUUUCUUUUUGUGAGAUGGAUUGAAUGAUUGGUUAGAACUUUUGACGAUAAAUGGUAUGGAUAAUGAAUUCGAAAUUGUUUAUGAUCAGUGAUACAUUUAUUUCUAAUAAAAUAGUGUAUUAAUAUGUUAUUUUAUUUUAUUUUAUAAAGCACAUGAGCAGUUAACCAAUAGUACUAUAACAAUUAAUCAAUGAACCAUAAACUACUUAAUUUUCCGGUUCAAUAUCUAGCUAAUCUGGUUAUGAAAACAUAUGCUUUUAGGUAUUAAAAAAAACAUUUCAUAGUAAAUGAAUAUUAUAUGACAGCUUAACAGUUUUGGAAGAAAAGGGCAUCUUGCUCCACUUUUUUUCCCCCACUUGCAAUGAGUCUGUUCUCUUGACAAAUUGUCAUGUGGUGGAUUCUCCUCCACUGGCUACAACCUCCUUCCUCGUGAAAGAUUAAAAGGGAGAGUUGGAAUGUUGAAGUGUAAAGACCACGAUUGUUAGAUAUGAAGGUUAUUUCACUAAAAAAAAAAUGAAGCUUAUUGUAGGAGCAUUCCUUACAAUAACUCGAGUUGUUGGAAGAAGUUCAUGUAGAGUACUUAACCACUUAUUUAUGAGUUUCCUCAAACAAAAACCGACUCAUGGACUUGAAGUUUUCAUGGACCUUCUCGUACCAUAUGGUUCAAGACAACUGUUAAUAAUGGGAGUCGUGAGGACUUGAACACGCCACCUUAAUGACAACUCAGUUCUGAUACCAUGUCAUAAACCAACUGAUCCCAAUAACUCAAGUUGUUGGGAGAUGUUCAUGUAUUAUACUUAACCACUUCUUUACAAGGAAAACCCCAACUAUGUACUAUGACUUCUACGAAAAUACUAUAGAAUAGUAGGAUUGGUCUCGGUGGUAAGAGAGUGGUGUGUGAUCCAUAAUUAACUUUCUCUCAACAAUUCGAAUUAUUGGAACGAACUAGUUUAGACAUAUAGUACCUGAAGAGUUUGUUUGGCAAUUGUGAUUGAUCGUAUGUUCGUAUCUUUCUCGGCCUCCAAUAUCAUAUAGUUGAUUAAAGUUACAAGAUAUGAUGUCCCUGUGCAAACUUAAAUCUCGUGAUUUGACUUUCGUUUUGAGGGUGCGUGUAAGAUAGCGGCAUGUCACUAAAUUGGCCACAACGCUUUCAGUUUCAUAGUCUUGGAGAUCGAUAGUGGGAGAGAUUAUUGAUCAACGCCGACACUAAUUUGGGGCCUCCUUGCAAAUGCAGUCGACGUUGCUCGUUUUAAUGUGUGUGGACAACAAGUGUUCUAAUAAGUGAUGACACCCAAAUGUAUUAAUUUUUAAUUGAGUUGUUUCUAUGUCUAAUCAUGUCCUCUGUUAGUGUAUCAUUUUCUUUAGGAGCAUGCUGAAAAAUUGUUAAGUGACUAACAUCUCUCUACUUGUAUGUAUACUAUAUUUAAUUCAACUAACAAAUAUAAUUUGAUGUAAUCUCGCAACCGCUUCCAAUGGAUUAACAAUUUACAAUUGGUAUACAAAAUAGUAUGGACGGUUAAGAAUCCGAAAUUGUACCGUAUCGAUGGUCUGGCUCGAAAAAUCUGUUAUCGUAGCCCAAAUCGGUAUAGAAAUUUUACCGGUAUGAAAUAGUUGAAUCGACUGAAAAAACCUUAUAUUUAAUUCAACUAACAAAUAAGUGAUGUCGCCUCACAACCAGCCGAUGAGGCUGUGAAAACUGAAAAUGAAACGCGAACCUAUCAUUAAAUAUGAAUAACCAAAAACAAAAAACAGGUAAAUUCUCAAAAACCAAAACCAAAUUUGUUAAGGGUCUAAUCAUUUUUUGGUUAAUUAAUAACCGAUAAGAUCCUUAACGAUUUCGUUUUGGUUUAGAUAAAACCAAAAGACUAAAAACCAAACCCAUAAUUUGGUAAGUAUAAAAAUAGAGUCAGAAAAGACAACAAAAAUAUAUGAAGAUAUGAAAAAAUUAUCUUACGCAUAAGUUGGUAACGACGCAUGUUGUUGAUGAAUAUUGACUUAAUCAGGUGCGGGUAAGAAUGAUGAGACUGAUUAAGGUGAUUUCCACGGCUAGUUGGAGGGUUCUAAUCUUCAAUCCCACCAACCAUUGGUAAAUAUGCUCGAUGCAGAUCUUAGUUAGGUGGUGGUUAAUUUAUUAAGGGCCGAGUAUCCUGUAAUUUACCGGUUGGACGAUACUUGUCAAUACAGUUCAUUUGCAAUUUAAUAUAUGAGUUUUGUUAUCACAUCAAAAAUUUCAGAAAUCACACCCAUUUUGAUUUCAUGUAACCUAAAAUUAGUAUCGUUCACUUGUAGUUUCAAAGUCCCAGUUAACAUUUUUAAUACAAUUAUGCUGAAAAACUAGUUCUUACCCCACCGUUGGUUAAAUUCAAACAAAACUCAGAUAGUUUUGCACCAAGGUUGUAAUUAGAAACUAUAAACAAUCACCUCACUACAUUUGUGUUCGAACUUAAUGAUCUAACAAUAUUUAUAUAUAAAAAAAACAUAAUAGUUAAGAUAGUAUAAAUUAUCAAAUGCUAAUGCAUGGACAACUCAUUUCUAGGUGCUAUAAAUGGAUAUCGAGUUAUUUUUUGGGAUUGAAAUUGACUAUUGAAUGUUAUUUGGAACUGUGAAGGAUCAUUAUACAAUGAAAUACCAAGAAAUACGGAAAAAAUUAUUGUAAAUUAAAUAUAGCUCAUAACCUCUAGUCCUUCAUCAAUCUUUGACAACUCUCAAGACUCCAUCUAACCCAAGCUUGGCUUUUAAUUUUUCCUAGAUCACUAUCAUAACUCAUUCAAUCUAUUGUUAUUCUCGGAACACCAAAAAAACAUACACUCUUUUUAGUAAUUUCUCUGCCUCUAAUCCAUCAAAUCAAAGAUUACCAAGGAUAAAAAAGUUAUAUAUCGCCAUCUCCUCCCUUCUCUUUGUCUCUACCUUAGCCCUAGGAAAAAUCAAGACUAUUUGCCUAAACUUUUAGACUCGAAUGGAAACAUGUGAUGAAUCCAUUAUUCAAUGUGGAUUUUGAUUAGUGUUUAUUAUACUUUUUUCACAUAAACUUCUCAUCACUAAGAUUUUUAAUCCUGAAAUUAAACCUACAAGUAUCUACACCAUAUAAAAAUGUUUGGGAUUAGUAGUGUUUGAACCAUUAUUUAUUUAUUAAUAUAUUUAAUUAUUAAUUGUGAAGAUAAUCAAUUUUAUAUUUGACAACAUCAAUACUUUAUCAAAAUAUUUUGGGAUUGAGAAUAGCAUAAGGUUACUAUAAUGACCAAAAUCUCAAAUAUUUGAAGUAGUUCAAUAGAGUUUUGCUUAAAUAAAGUAAAACGUACAUUAACUUGUUUUGAAAAUUGAAUUUUCUGAGACAGUCAUGAUUUCAUAAAAAAAAGAAAAAACAAUUCAAAUGUGUAAAAAGGAAAUGUUGCAUCUAGUGUCUAAAUCCAAUACCUAGGAGAUUUGUCCAACUUUAGUAUUUUGGAGGUUUCAAAAUGCAUAUCAAAUAUGUGGGUCAACGGAUGAAAAAAAAAAUGUGCCAAUUUUUUUAGCGCUUCAAAUAAAACUUUUGAUAGCAUCACUGUAUGUGAGUGUCACUUCUAAAUGUCAGGGAUCAUUUGGAACUUUUGAAUUCGAAAAUGAUAUCGCAUAAAAAAAUGUGUACUAAGAUUAUGUGUAUACUAAGAAUAUGUGGGUUGUAAAAAUUUAAAACUAUGCUUGAAUUGUUCAUUAAAUUAACUAUGAAUACUUUGAUCCGACAAAGAAUACGAGAUUCAAUAUACAUCUAUGAAUACUUCAUGUAUUCUCGGUACAAGUACUAUAUACUUAAAUCAAGUAAAAAAUGUUGUAUUAUGUAGGAUACAAUAUAUACUCAAAAAGUCAAAAUACCAUAUUUGGAAUUGGAAGUUCUAGAUACCCUUAGUGCAAGUGUGUAAGGAUUCGGGUUUAGAGUUGUUACGAGGGCAAUCCAAGUACCACAUCUGUAAUACAAGGGAAGGGACCCUUGUGUAUUAGUGUUCACCUAGCCCAAUUAGUACGAGGCCUUUUGGGGAGGAUACCCAAGAGUAAAAACCGUGCUGGCUUGACCCAAAACGGACAACAUCGUACUAAUUGAGCUGAAACACGAGGAUGUUGAAUAUCCCCUCUUUUGAACAGUAGAUUUGCGUAGUGAAAAGGACUGAAGUGAAAAAGGAAGGUCCUCAUUGGGAGGGCACACACAAAGGCACGGGAAGUGGGGGAGUUGGAGAUGCCUUUUGGAAAGUGGCCAUGUUUGUUUGUUGUUGAAAGACUAAAGAAAGACACCAAACCAAUCUUCAGCCACUUAAAAUACCAGUUGCCAAACAACAGUGAAACUCAAGACAAACAAACCCACAAAGAGGAGCCAUUAGCCAUACUUCCAAAGCAAAGCUCUUUCUCUCUUAUGGGAUGGUGACCCUUUUUUUGCCACCCUUCUUCUUUCAUCUUUGUUUCUUUGGCUUUUUUGCUUUAGGGUCACACCCACCCACCCCACAGAGAGAGUAAAAGCCCUCUGAUGGGGUUAUAUGUUUCUGGGUCACUCCUUCAACACAAGAAAAGAAUCAUUCAUUUCAUCCCUCCCCCCUCAUCUCAUGUAUUCGACCAAUUUACAUCUAUGGUCACUGAAUUUUGGGGUCGCUAGGACAUUGAUCACCAAAUUUCUGUCAUAAAUAAAAUAAGUGCUUUCUUCUUACACGCCUCGUCAAGCGAAAGUCAGUUCAUGGGUUUGAAGUUUGCACGGGUCCGUCAUACAAUGUGUUUCAAGACAAUGGUUGAUAUUAGGGGUCGUGGAAAUUUGGGCAUGUGAUUCUCAAGGGGGGAAAUACAGCUCUGAUAUCAGGACAUAAACCAAUUUGUCACAAUAACUCGAGUUAUUGAGAGAAGUCCAUCCAUGUAUGAAUUCAAAAACCUGGACUACGCAUUCUAAUCUCAUACUUGAUCACCGCCAAAUUCAUUAGAGGAUCCAAUGUUUAAACCAUUAUAAGUGAAAUCAUAGCGAUGCGCAAAACUCGGACAAAUCGACCCGAUGAAAAUGAGCAGAAUGGCUAUCAUGUAGGGGUGACCGUAACGGAUUCGGUUUCGAUCGUAAUAAACCGAAAACUGGAAA